CUACCCCUCCUUCUUUUUGUCUUCUCCUUCGCUUCUUCGCUGCCCCCAAGUUCUUCGCUGCUGUCUUUUUUUACUCCAGUCAUCACAUCCAAAAUGCUUGCUUUCACUUCCUCCAUCCUACUCAGCACUUUCCUCGCUUCCAGCGUCAUCGCCGCUCCCUCGAAGUUUCGAAGUCCCAACCAUCGUCGUGACGCUUCGCCUUCAGACAACGAUCUGCUGCUUUCAUGUCCCGGUGCUGCAGGCUCUCCCAAUGUCGAAAAUGCAGAUAAAUGCACCCUAGUCAACAUCGUCAGCAAUCCCGACACUCGCGUAUACUCUGUCAUAGGCGAUCCACAACUCAACUGCGGAGGAGGCACCGAACCCAUAACCGUCACAAUCGGCGGUUCCUCUGAAGUCAGUUCCACAACAACCGCCAACGUCAACCUCGGUAUCAACUUUGCAGGAAUCAACAUUGGGGGAGGACUCAGCACUGGCACUACUACGACGCAGACCACCUCGAACACUACGACGAUAACGAUAGACCCCGGGAGACAGAUCGUUCAAACUGUCGGUGUUUUGACCCACUCGCAAUCUGGUAACGUCCAGGUGAACUAUGGGGACCGAGUGGAUGAUCAUUUCAUAUGGUUCACCGGUGCUGUGAUAACCCAAUUGACUCCCACAUCGGACCUCGAGUUCGAUACCCAUGAAACUGCCUGUGGCACUGAUCCUCGCGAUUUCAACAACAAUUCCUAAACGGCGCGAGACUAUUACGGUCAAACUUGAGAAUUUCUCGGAGGGAAAAGUAU